UGUAUGAUCGACACAUAUCCCUUCCAGCAGCACUCGCGCUAAACCGACUUUACCCGGAAACAAUCAUCCCGAGUCAAAAACAGCAGCGCGGCCCCUAAGUAUUGUAAUCCGAUAUGUCUGUAUGACACUGGCGAGUAUAUUCACGGUACGUGCUGAUGCAUGGUUAAUCGUGUCGCAUCGCGGGCAUGUCAGGCCAUAAACCCGCAUUCCCUUCACCUGCACCCGCGCCUGUGUUGAUCUCCGAUUCAGGGAAAGGUGACUCGGAUAGUGAGAUCUCCCCUAACGGCGGCAGUGUGGCCAGCACCAAUUCCCAGCCGCAAUUCCAUCAGCACGUUCACGUCAUGCCCACUGGACCGCAGAAUGAUGAGGAACUGGAAAUCCUAUCCGUCCACGAGCAGCUGGUGGACGAGGCGCUGGCCAGGUCACCGGAGACGGCGCGCGUCUCCGAUUUCCUCACGGCCCAGGAGAACGAGGCCAACCUCAACACCAGCACCGUCUAUCUGCAAAGCGAGCAUGGGCAAGUGCUGCAGGAACGGCUGAAGAACUUAGCCGCUGCAUUCCGGGCCCGUUCCUUACAGGCCAAGCAGGCGGUUAUGCAAGCUCCGACCGCUGAUUUGCUGAAACCGGAAGCACCGCCACCGCCCAAAGCGGAUGAAUCCGUCCUCAAACCGGCUGAGCCCAAGGAAGCUGAGAAGAAAAAGGCUCCACCGCCGCCACCGCCACCGAAACGAGCCGAACCGGAACCGCCACCACCGGUUAUUAUCAAGCUGUGGAAAUUACCGGCUGUUAAAGUGCCAGAAUGGUAUUACAAAAUUCCGCGGCCGCCAUCGUUCGACCCGCAUUCCCGGAUAUAUCUGGCAUGGCUGAGCCUGGUCAGUAUGUGCUUCGUCUACAAUGCCAUUGUUAUUCCUCUGCGUGCGGCAUUUUAUGUCCAGGAUCCAGACAAUUUAAUGUACUGGCUAAUAAUUGACUAUUUCUGUGAUUUGGUGUACUUGCUGGAUUUGAUCAUUUGGAAGCCGUCCAUACGCGCUUACGUUAACGGCAUCGAAGUGACAGACAAAAAGGAAAUAAUGCGGGUGUACGUCGUCAGCGACGAUUUUAUUCUGGACAUUUGCUGCUUGAUUCCGUUGGAUUUGUUCUAUCUCGUCCCGGAACUCAAUCAAGUGAACGGUACGGUGAACCCGUUAUUCCGGCUGCUGCGUUUAAUAAAAAUCCACAGUUAUUGGGAACUACUGGAUCGCAUUGAUCUGCUAUUUACCAAUCCAUAUUAUUUUCGCGUUUUGCGCUCGGUAGCGUAUAUGAUGUAUUUAAUCCAUGCCAAUGCCUGCAUCUUCUUCUAUUUCUCUUAUUGGAAAAACUUCUCCGAAGAUGAUUCGUUUGUAUACAACAACGAAAGGCCAAGAUGCCAGAAUGCCACUGCUGAUAGCAUUCCGGAUAAAUGCAAUUUCCCCGGCAAGUACAAUGCCUAUAUUUUUUGCUUCUUUUUUUCCGUUUCAAUGGUGACGAUUAUUGGCAAUCUAAAUUUCCCCGCCUACAUUUCCGAGAUGAUCUACAGUACGAUUCUGUGGUUUCUCGGUGUCUUUGUCUUUGCCACGCUAGUCGGUCAGAUUCGCGAUGUAUUGAAGGCGAUGACGCGGCAGGAAGAUGAAUUCUACGAGGUCAUGGAUGCCAUAGUUGAACAUAUGCACACGUUGAAAAUCCCCAAAGAGCUGCAGGAGCGCGUACGCACAUGGCUGUUGUAUAACUGGGAACAACAGAAAACGAUCGAUGAAGGGAGAUUAUUGGAGGGGUUACCGGUGAAACUGCGUACGGAUCUUGCUAUGGAAGUACACUUUAGCACCAUCCAUAAAGUACAGCUGUUUAAGGAUGUUGAUAAGAAAGUACUGGAAGAACUGCUGCUGCGUCUGAAGCCCAGCGUUUACUUGCCCAAUGACUAUAUUUGUAAGCGUGGGGAGAUUGGCAAGGAGAUGUACAUUAUUCGUUCGGGCAUUCUGGAAGUGGUGCUGCCCGAUGGGAGAGUGGCGGUGACCUUGACGCCGGGUAGUGUCUUUGGAGAGAUUAGUCUGCUGGCGCUGGCCGGUGGGAAUCGUCGGACGGCCGAUGUCCGCUCCAAAGGAUUUUCUAAUUUGUAUGUGCUAAGUAAAGCGGAUUUGAAUGAUGUAAUGAAAGAUUAUCCUGAGACGCUGGAUGCGUUGAAGUUGAAAGCACAGGAACUGAUGAACAAAGGAAAGCCGCCACCGGAGAAGCCGCCCACCCCGCCGCCGGUUGAGAUUAUUCCAACUCGGCCUCCAACUCCCGAAAUGGUCCGUGUAGCGCUGAGUGUGUUAAAACCGACCUCUGUGAUCCGCCGGCGACUGUCGCAGUCAGCCAUGGAACUCACCGUUUUCCGCAACCACAAAUCCGAUGACGAUUCGGGUGGGGAUGAUGUGGAACUUCCCAUGACUGUCCCAGCAGCCGACAAAGGGAACAGCCAACGCGCACGCACCCCUGAACCGGUGCAAGAUGUGCCGGUCACUGCAUCAAUCACUAGCAUCAAAUCCGAACCGGCUCAAAAAAGGUCAACAGAGAGUCUGGCUCAGAAGCAGAGCAUUCGACGCCGGCGCAGCGCGGUCAACGUCCCCAGCGACUCCUCCGAUAACGACGAGGCAACGGGGACGUACAGCAGCCAGAGUCGUCUGCAGCGGCGCAAGAAACACCACCGUACGCCGUCUAACAUGUCACACUCGGUGCACACGCUGCGGUCAGUCGGGAGUCCGGCGCCGAUAUCUAAGCUGACCACUCCGGAUAAAACUUUCUACAAGGAGCGCGCGGCAACACCGCUGACCAGUGUGACGAAAAGCAGCAGCUUGACGAAUCUGAAGCGAAGAUUUUUCAGUACACCGAAAAUCGCCCCGAUUGAGACCGAACAUGACGCUAACGAACUGCAACCGCCCAGCGCACGCGGACCGAUUCCCAUCCCGAGAAAACUGCAUGUCUUUGAAUUAGGACCCAUACCCGAUAAUCCGGUUGGCUCGGCUACGUCUCGCAAUGUCUCUUUCUCGGAUCAUGAAUUUUCUAACCUGUCGGAUAAUUUUGCUGCUGUGACAUUCUCGAGUCCGGAAACGUCAUGAUAAAUAACUUUUGCAAAGAAUUUACAUUUACAGGGAACCAGUAUGGCGCACGUACAGGAAAUUAAACGCCAAAGCGAUUGGACAUGAUAAAUACUGUGCUAUUUCCUUUACUUUCUGUAGGUGCAGUCCUUUUGUCAUACAGUCAAAAAUAUCUAUAUGAAAAAAAGUGGACGUGCCACAAAGCUGCAAUUUGUACAACAUCG